UCCUUCAAACGAUCUGUAUAGUCCAUUUUAUUUUACUUAGAAGAAAAGAGACUGAAUCUGCAGAUCUAACCAAACAGAACAACAAUGGCAGCAGCACCGGAUCAUCUCUUUACGCUACGAAACAACUUCUAUUUAGGAGCUUAUCAAGCAGCGAUCAACAGCAGCGACAUCCCGAACCUUUCACCAGACGACGCCGUUGAGCGCGAUUGCCUUGUUCAUCGCUCGUACAUUGCCCUCGGCAGUUAUCACCUGGUGAUUAAUGAGAUCAACGAUUCUGCACCUACGUCUCUUCAGGCGGUGAAAUUGUUGGCUUUGUAUCUCUCUAGCCCUGAGAGGAAGGAAUCCACUAUCUCAAGCCUGAAAGACUGGCUGGCUGAUCCAGCAAUUGCAAAUAAUGCUACUUUGAGGCUGAUUGCUGGGACUAUAUUUACGCACGAAGAAGACUAUAAUGAGGCUCUUAAACACACCAAUGCUGGAGGGACCAUGGAAUUGUAUGCUUUGAAUGUCCAAAUAUUUCUCAAGAUGCACAGGUCAGAUUUUGCAGAGAAACAGCUGAGGCACAUGCAGCAGAUUGAUGAGGACCACACACUAACUCAACUUGCAAUGGCUUGGUUGAAUCUGGCAGUUGGUGGUGCAAAGAUAAAGGAAGCAGAACUCAUCUUCCAAGAUUUCUCUGAAAAGUUUCUGAUGACAAACUUGAUCUUGAAUGGGAGAGCAGUUUGUUGCAUGCACAUGGGAAAGUUUGAUGAUGCUGAAACAUUAUUACUUGAAGCAUUGAACAAGGAUGCAAAGGAUCCAGAGACUUUAGCUAAUCUGGUAGUAUGCAGUCUUCACCUUGGUAAACCGUCUUCCCGCUAUCUCAGCCUAUUGCAACAAGACCACAUUCUUGUGAAACGUGCAUCAUCCGCCGAGGAGAAUUUUGAAAGAGCAGUCCAAUCGGUUUCUUGAUGUGCGGUGGGGUUUUGGCAACUGGGUUUGUUUCAGCUGUCCUACUCUAAAAUAUACAGUCGAUAGGGAAUGUAUUUGUCGAACAGAGCUCAAAUUCUAUUACUGUUUGCAUUUUCCCAAGUCUUUUUGGACAAAAAAAAAGAAUGGAUAGAUCAAACAUUUGUACCCGAUUUUUGUUUUUAAAUGUAUUUUGGUAAUCUUGCAUAAA